GUGCACGACGUCGGCGCCGUAUAAAUACCCAGCACAGCGAGCAUGGCCACCGCAGCAACGAUGUCUUCCUCACCCAUCACCCAGGUCUCCCAGGUCCCCACCCAGGCUCACCUCCAACCGCCUCUCCUCACCCGUCUCUCGCUCGAUUUGCGCGGCAAGCGCUUCUCUGUCGACCGCGAGACGAUCAUGAACCUGCCUGAAUCUGUUCUUCUAUGUCUCUUUCCAAACGGCCUGGUGCUCAGCAGACAGUCGGUUGCGCUCACGGGGACAGACACGGGUGACAACUCUGAGGAAGAGGAGUUGUACGGCGUUGACUUUGACCCAGAAUGCUUCUCAUAUGUCCUUCAAUUCUUCCGUACCGCACAAGACGCAUUCUACGGCACCGAAACCUCCCCGGGUCUGCUCUCAUUUCAACAACAUCUCCUCUCUCCCACCGACGGGCAUCCGUCCUCCCCAAACGAAUACGGCGGCUCGAGCGGCUCGCAAAACCCUCUUCUGUCCAAACAAGCCAUCAUCGUGCUCCGCGAAGAACUCGAAUACUUCUCCAUUCCGCCUAAGGAUCAGGCGGGUAACCUCGAUGGCACGAUUUCGGCCCAGAAGAUCGGGACGGACGCGAGCGGGUUGGCGAAUGCGGGCUUGCAGGAGUUGAAGAAGAUGUGUGGGAAUUAUCUGUUGGACAAGAAGAAUAUCUUCACUGCGUUGCAGAGGAACGUGAACAAGGAGAACAAUAUUGCAGAGCAGCAUCUGAUUGACAUGCUUUGCAUGAGCGGAUUUGACCGCGAUGACGAGUGGGGUUACCGUGCUCUCGAGCCGUCCCGUUGUUGCAUAUCCUCCAUCGCCCUCGUCCUCCUAAAGACCGGAAUCACACACUCCACGUCGGCAACGGGAGAGAGGGACGUGAAAGUGGACUACUCGCAAAUGGGGACCGCGCAGAAAUUGCUUCUCUUCUGGAGGAAACCUGCGAGAAAAUGUUGGUGGGAUGGAAUCCAGGUCGAUGACCUCAAGCCUGCAAGCGAAGGACCAGACGCCCUUACUGGACUCACUAAUGUCAAACUCUGGGCAAGGCGGGUUUGGACUCUGGAACUCUCCCUUGUCUGAUGGACCAUCCAUUCUUCCCUUGACACCUUUUGAUACGACGGAAGCUCUGGAGAAGACCGCAAAUCAAGGGGGACAGUCGUGCGGGUAGUCAGAGAGGCUUACAGCGUCGUCGUUCACGGACGUUUUACAUAUCCGCCUCAAAUGUCUCCAACUUCCCCGGCCCCUUCCGACCGUUUCCUCUUCCACACAUCAUUCAGCUUACCCGUUCCUGCUUCGUGUCUACCCUCUUAUCAUCGCAUCAGCGCCACGCAUACCUUUCCGCCUCUUCUCGUCUCUUUGGAUUCAGUAUUUAUCUUGUUCGUGUCUAGGCUCUCCUGCAACGCAAAACAAUUUACGCUCACCUUCUUUCCCAGCCUCAAACUCAAAGCCUUUCUCCGCCCUCAUCGUCCUUCGCUUUUGCAUCAUCUUGCCCCCGAUUUCAUUCGGUUCUGGUCUACUUUCUAUCUCUACUGUUCCUCUCACGUCUCUCCUACUGCUAUCUCUUUCGUCACGGAUACCCCUUACAACCAGUACUUGCAGUCGACCGCAUACAUGUUUUUUUUUUCUUUCUCCCCUCCUUUCUAUACACUCUUCUUUCUUUCGCUCCUGCAUGUAUCAGUGAUCACUA